CCUUUCCCUCCCUGCCUUCUUCCCUUCGAUGGAAAAUGGCGUCCGCGCUGCUUCGGCCUCUGUUCCUUGAGGGCUCCCACCGCUUACUCUCUGCCGCGCCGGGACGUGUCGCGCUCCGCCCUCAGCCGCGCCGAGAUAAGCAGCGCUGGGUCCGCGCGUAUGUGGAGCAGCAGCGGCUGCUUGAGACCCCGAGGCCCCGCUCUGAGAAACCUAACUGGGAUUACCAUGCAGAAAUACAGGCUUUUAGCCACCGAUUACAUGAGAAGUUUUCAUUGGAAUUCCUCAAAACUGCAUUUGUUAACCGUUGUUAUAUUAAACAAGAAGAGUCGAGACGCCAAGAACUGGGACUAGACAAAGAAGCAAUUGCCCUUAAUCUCAAGGAUAAUAAUGAACUUUCUCUGAAGGGUAUCUCCUUUUCACAAUCUUACCUCACGCGAUGCUUGGAAGAAGCCUAUCCAAAAAUUCCACAAGCUGGCAUUGAGGCACUUGUUAACUUUCUUACCAGUGAGGAAUUAGUGUCUUAUUUGGCCAGAAACCUGUCUCUACAAGACUUCACACUUUGCGCAGAAUUUCCUGUGCCACCUAAUGUGCUUCAGAAGACUUUCUUUGCUAUAAUAGGAGCGUUGCUUCAAAGUAGUGGCUCUCAGAGAACAGAGAUCUUUGUGAGGGACUUCUUUAUUCCUCAAAUGAUAGGAAAAGAUCUGUUUGAGAUGUGGAAUGUUAUGAACCCAAUGGGAUUGCUGCUGGAGGAACUGGCCAAGAGGAAUGUGUCUGCUCCAGAACCAAGACUAACUCGACAGUCAGGAGCUAGCACUGUACUGCCCUUGUACUUCGUUGGAUUGUAUUGUGAUAAGAAGCUUCUGGCAGAAGGUACUGCUGAAACAAUAUUAGCAGCUGAAGAAGAGGCUGCACGUGUAGCCCUGCGGAAACUUUAUGGGUUUACUGAGAACAGAAAGCCAUGGGAUUAUUCUUCUCCAAAAUGGGAGCAGAAAGCAGAAAAUGCUAUUAGCAGCAAUUAGGCAGAAAAGGUCACUUCUUAUGUGUGCAAGAAUGCUACAUUUUAGAAGAACAAGAUUUAAUGAGUGAACUAUUAAGAAACUAAGAUUUUGAAAAUACCAGUUUCCCUUACUGCUAAUAAACAUGUUUUCGGUACAUA